AUGCCAUUUUGGGAGGCUACCCAACCUGGUCACGAUCCCAUCAGAGAUUCAGAUGGGCUGUAUAAGUACGACUUGGCCACCCAUUCGGCGCCACGAUGCCGUCUUUCGUUUACUACCACCAAUCCAAAAAUGAAGUUCAUCACAGUCCUUACUUCGAUGGCGGCGCUGGUCGCCGCCGCCCCUGCCGUUGAGCCCACCAAGACUCAGUCCAUCGACAAGCGCGCGACGAACCUCUGCGGACAGUGGGACAACAUCAAGGUCGGAUCUUACAUCAUCUACAACAACCUCUGGGGACGGGACCAGGCCACCAGCGGCUCUCAGUGCACCCUGGUCGAUGGCAUCACCAACAACCUCGCCAAGUGGUCUUCCACCUGGUCCUGGGCUGGCGGUAACCUCCACGUCAAGUCGUACUCCAACGCUGUUCUCCAGGCCCCUGCUGCGCGCGUCUCUGCUGUCGCCAGCAUCCCCUCCAAAUGGCAGUGGAUACGAGGCAUGAUCUGGCUCGCGGCCCUCGGCGGCGCCGGCCCUAUCAGCGCCACCGGCAAGCCCAUCGCGACCGUCACCAUCAGCGGCGUCUCGUGGCAGCUGUACAAGGGCGCUCACUCCCAGAUGACCGUCUUCUCCUUCGUCGCCACCAAGCAGCAGACCAACUACAGCGGCGACGUUGCCGACUUCAUCAAGUACCUCACCGCGUCUCAGGGUCUCCCCGGCUCCCAGUGCCUCUACAGCAUCGGCGCCGGAACCGAGCCCUUUGUCGGCACUAACGCCAAGUUCGACACCACCGGCUACAGCGUCUCGCUGUCCACCGCCGCGGCCCCGGCUCCCAAGCCCGCCACCACCACCGCCGCCGCUCCCAAGCCUGCGGCCACCACUGCUCCGUCGAAACCCGCGACUGGUGCCACCUGCGCCCCUGCCUACGGCCAGUGCGGCGGCCAGGGCUGGACCGGCCCUACCUGCUGCACCACCGGAACCUGCAAGGUUUCCAACCAGUGGUACUCCCAGUGCAGCUAA